AUGUACGAUGACUCGUACGCUCGAAGUUUCGCAAUCCCACAUCAGGAAGCCUACAUGGACGACUUGAGCAUGACAUAUGCGUGGUUCAGGCCAGCUUUCACGAGUGACUUUGUGCCCCUUGCGCCCAAUAAUCUUUUUGGUCAGCUCAAGAUGGACAUUCUCGACCAUCUCAAACGAUUGUAUGAGAAGGCCAACAAGCGAGUCAGCAGCUACAAGCUCACAAGGUUGCACAAAGAGGAUCAUGUUGUUGGGUGGGUGCAUGCGAUGUGUGCUGUAUAUGAGGGCUUCCAGCAAGCCAUGGCCUGGCGUGACGUUGUCAUGGUCGUUGCUGAGUAUCAGCGUCGCUUUCUCGAUAUCUGGGCGCUUCUAGAUUACUGCAAAAUCAUUGAGUCCCACAUACAUUUCGUCGACACCACACAUAAUGUUAACCCUAAAUGGAUGGGUUGUCUCACUCAAGAUGUUGCUAUUGCCAUGAAGGUGCACACUGCUGGAGUUCCUGUCUGGCUUAUUCGCGAUGCCAGACUCGUUCAAUCCAAUAUGAACAUCAUCAAGGUAGUUUCAAUCACACCACCCGAUGACCUUGUCAUCGGCAUGUACCACCAUCCCAUCAAAAAUUUCGCUCAACCAUUCGACAUCAUUGCCAGAUGUCCUAGCAAUCGCCGGUGCCAUGAGGCCGUUCAUCAGCCAUACUCUGACUUUGAGAAGCUGCCCGUUCCAAAACCCCAAGUUGAACAACUUGUCAUGAAGGAGUCAUUGGUGGGGAAGGCUCGUGUAGACAAAGGGAAGGCAAAGGCAAAGCUUGCGCCAUACGAUAUCACUGCUCCCCGUCAGAACAGAGCUGUAUCCGGCCGUGACAAGUGGUCCGAUAUUGAUCACCCUUACAUGCCCCCAAUGAAUUCUUCCUUCAAGACAGCUUUGCAGGAAGCGAAGAAAGAAUUCAUCUGCAUCAAGCAUCCCAGGGACAAAAUGGACGACGGUUACUCGCUUCCUGAUCCGGGAUUGUUCAUCAAUGCCCAGAACUGGCGCAAUUUCUUAAUAUCUCAGCAUGCUCAGGGUCCUCUGGACACACAGACGUCCAGCAAGACUAGCAAGUCGAAAGCAGCUACUGCUGCCCUCUUUCAAAAGGAGGUUACAGCACUGCGGGCCUUUUCAGGAGCCUCAAAUGUUCAUUGGCGCAGUUUCCAAUAUGAACUUCUCGACCUUGAUGAACAUCUUGGGCGCAAUGCACAUAAGGACAAGGAAGCGAGGAAGGAAAGGAUGGAACUUCUUUGUAGCAUUUUCCCAUCGAAGUCAUUGAGAGUUUGGAACAAGGACUUCCCUCAAGAAAACAACGGACUCAAUGCGCCAUCUUUCGAUGCUGCUUUACCGUACUUCGAAAGUUUCCACAAGGUAUUGUUGACAUGGGAGUGCUUUCCCGAGUCCCUCAAGCAGCCUCUCAAUCAUACCGGACGUUGA